ACUGUAUAACACAAUCAACCUCUUAGUGGCGUCAUCGGUCAACGAAGAAUAGAACUAACUAAAAAAUGACGUUUUGUUAAGUCGAUACAAAAACACGUGGCCAUUCGAGCUUUUCUGCGCAGCUCUAAGUAGUUUACGCUACUUUGAAUCAGUACUUUUUUAUUACAGAUUUUUUCUGUAAAAAUUUGACUAAAAACCAAAUAAAAGCAAGAAAUCUCUAACAUAUAUAUAUAUUAUAAAACUCAUCUGUUGUAGGUGUAAUAUAAUAUAUUUUAUCAGCGAUUUUAGAUUAGGUUAUAGAGGUUAGACCGUUAAUAUUUUUUCCGCUAUGGCAUCAAGUACAACAAAAAUAAAAACUAAACUUCCGGCAAUACCAGGCACAAAACCUUCGGUGAAAAAUGCACAGCUGCUUAUUUCCACAGGGAUACCUUUUCUAGAUAAUAUAAUAGGUGGAGGCUUACCUAUUGGUUCAUUAUUUAUAAUUGAGGAAGACAAAUAUGGUUUUUAUGCAACAAUUAUGUUAAAGUACUUUAUGGCUGAAGGUAUAGUGAUCUCUCAGCCUUUACUAGUUGCGUCACAAGACGUUAAACCUCGCCAACUUAUAUCAGAACUACCUGCAGUUAUAAAUGAUUCAGAGUCUCAUUCAAAACCUGCGCAUAAUGCAAAUGAUCAAAUGAAAAUUGCUUGGAGGUACCAGAAUAUGAAGUUGGUAGAUUCAUCUCCUACAGGAAGUCAGAUGUUCGGCCAUUUCUUUGACCUCACAAAAUCAAUGCAACAAGAUCUCUUAGAACAAGCAACCAUAAAACAAUGGCAUGAAAAUAAUCCACAGGAACAAAACAAUAUGUUUGAAAAUAAUGCUUAUGGUAGCUUAUUACAUGUCAUUCAAGAAACCUUGCAAGAUGGACAGUAUCUUCUCUCUGAGACAGUUGACAAGAAGAAAAUUUUAAGAAUUGCCGUUCAUUCUCUGGGAUCGAGAUUAUGGCUUUCCAAUACAGAGGAAUCUUCCAAGCGUGAUUUGUUAAAAUUUUUGUAUUGCUUUAGAGCACUCUUGAGGAAUUCUUAUGCAGUUGGGGUAGUAACAAUUCCAGUUGACACUUUUGAUAACAUUGAUGCUGUUGUUGAAAGAAGUGAACACAUGUCAGAUAUAGCUAUAAGAUUAGAAUCAUUUGCAGGAUCUGCAAAGGAAACUAAUCCAUUAUUCAAAGAUUAUCAUGGUCUUCUGCAUAUAAAAAAACUACCUGCGUUAAAUAUACUAGCACCUCAUUCUUUAGAAUUUCGAGAUUUGGCGUUUAAAUUACGUCGUAAAAAAUUUCUUAUAGAAGUUCUACAUUUGCCACCUGAAUUCGAGGACACGACACAACGAGAGCAAGACGAGAUAGCACCUGCUAUUGGAUGUAUGAGUGGAUCUCAUAAGAAAGCAUUAGACUUUUAAGUUUAUAUGCAAUUUGUACAAAAACUUGAAUUAUAGAAAAAAUAUAUAUUUUUAUUGAAA